UUCUCUUAAGACCUUUCUCUGAUAUGUUAAAUGAAAUGAACACGUUGCUUUAGAGAGGGACUGCGGGAGAGAGAGAGAGAGAUUAGGAGAUGAAAAACGCAAAGCUAAUACUCCUCCAUCCCACAAUCCAAAAGCAAUCAUCUUCAAACGCCAAUCGCUUGUGGCUCAUCUUCAUCAUCACCUUGUUCACCACCGCCUUCACUCUAACCCUAAUCGCCGCCACCACCAACACCACCCCCACCGCCACAAGCACCGCAGGCUCUGCCGCGUCUUCAGUACCGCUUCCACUUUCCAUAUCCGACGCCCUCCUCCACUACGCCGCCACUAGCAACUCCACCCACGUAACGUCCACCGAGCUUGUCACCAUAACCACCGCCAUCACUGGCUGUGCUGCUGCCACCUCCCGCUGCAACCUCCUCGUGUUUGGCCUCACCCACGAGGCCCUCUUGUACAAAGCCCUCAACUUCAACGGCCACACCAUCUUCCUCGAUGAGGACGAGCAACUUGUCUCAAGGUUUGAGCAGCAUCACCAGGGAAUUGAGGCCUACGACGUGCAGUACGAGACGAGGGUCGGUGAAAUGAAGAGGCUGCUUGAGUCGGCGAGAGGCGAGCUGCAUGGCGAGUGCCGGCCAGUGCAGAACCUGCUCUUCUCGGAAUGCAAGCUCGCAUUGAACAGCUUGCCCAACCACGUGUAUGACUUGAGUUGGGACGUGAUACUAAUUGACGGGCCGAGCGGGUACCAUGAGGUGGCGCCGGGGAGGAUGUCGGCAAUAUUCACGGCGGCGGUGCUGGCAAGGAGCAAGAAGGGUGGCGCGGCAGAGACACACGUGUUGGUGCAUGACUUCGACAGGGAGGUGGAGAGAGUUUACAGCGACGAGUUCUUGUGUAGGGACAGCUUGGUGGAGGUUGUUGGUAAGCUUGGGCAUUUUGUUGUGGAGCGAGUGAGUGAUGAGAGAUUAAUGACUGAGUUUUGUAGCGUUCCGGCUUCGGCCAAUUCAUCUUCGUCGUCAACAUCAAUCGUGUAAUUGUGGGAUUCACUGGUGGAUGAUGAUGAAGAUUAUGGCCAUUGAGAAGUGUAAUUUAGAGUCAAGUAUUUGAUCCUCAACAAAGAAAAACAAUAAUAAACAGACCUAAGAAUCGCAACAAGCAGACAAAAUUUCCUCAGAA